CCCCAUUACUAUUACAGAUCUACGUACAUGUGCCGACAAGAACAACAGUUUUAAUAAUAGCCAGACUAUAAAAACGCUAGCCAUGGCCUCAAAACUUGUUAGUACAGAACCUACCCAAAGGGAGACACCCUACCUUGUGGACAGUCAGUCAGAAGCAGCCCGCAGUGACCUAGAGAGUGCUUGCAGAACUCUAAUAUUCUCGUUCAUCAAAAUGAAAGACAGUGACCCAGGUUGUGAAGACAGCCAAGCCAUUCUCCAUCCAGGAAUACAGCGUGGGACCAACCUAGGAGCUUCCUCCUCCACAGAUAUAGCGAGUGAGGGGAGCAGUGUUGAUGUAACCGACUCUUCCGUUGAUUUGUUGACGAUGGAAAAUGAGGUCCACAUCUCUGAAGAUGGAGACGACAUAAGACGUCUAGUACCAACAUCACUGCCAAACGAACUGAGAGAGAAUUUAUCACAAAUCCAAUUGGAAGACUUGAAGAAGCUGUACGAUAUUGAAGCUGGAGCUAUAAAGAUUGAAAGCAAUGAACUCACAACUGUCGAGGUGGUCAUGUUACAUUUGAGAAGCUAUCGGAACAUUAUAAAAUAUGAAAUUUCAGAUAUGGAGGCGUUUAGAACGAGGUUUGUCGGCUUCUUUGGAAGUAUUCUCGCUGAUCUGGUGGCUGCCUUCUAUCCAAACAGAGGAGAGCAGAAUCUGGACGAACUGAUUUCUCAAGACUUUCAGAAAUUCCGAACCAAAUCCGAAUCAACCUCACGCAGUACAGCAGUAUAGUUUACACCACACACAAACAGCAACUGCAACAGCAAACUUUAAAAUCUGCAACUUUGUACCCUCAACUUUUUCUUUUGUUUAAUCACAUGCAUAACUCGGUUGUGCACUUUAUCUUGAUCUACUAUGCAGCCACUUGAAUGUACAUUUGAAAUUA